CUCCAACCCAUCAGGAACGGGGCGUUUUAAGCAAUGCCGAUGAUCCAACGUGUUCUCUUCUUGCUCUUGCUCUUCCGAUCGGAUUCCAUCACCUCUCAGUUCACCGAAUUCCAAAUAGACCCUGAGAAUCCACGCCCUUUUUCCGCACGAGAGCCUUCUAGAAGUGCUGCAAACAGGCUUUCGAGACCUUUGACUGGAGAAGAUGGGAAGAUUUACGUUUGUUCCGGGAAGAAUUUGUAUGCAUUUGAAAGUAAUGGUACUAUUUCUUGGACCAUAAAUCUUGGGUACACAUGCCAUGCUGGUAUGGCUCCAGUUCAUGGCGGUCGAGGGAAGAUAUAUUUAGUCGCAGAAAACAGAGUCCUGAAGAUAAGCUUUUUAGACAAUGCAACUUCCCCACCUGCUACUGAAGUUUUCUUUGGUCCAGUACCAGAUCAAGAGGGACUGCUUGAAAUUAUUGGGCUCUCAGUAAGCACAAUGAGUUCAUCUGUAUUUAUCAAUGUCAAGAAUCGAGGACUUUUUGCAUACAUGACACGUGGACAACUACUUUGGAGUGCCGGACCUAUGCUUGACCGAUUUGGCUACCGUUUAGGUUGCAGGAAAAAUGUUACAGGUUGUUAUUUUACUUCGGCGCCCAUGGUUGAUCAAUGCGAAGCUAGUAUAUAUAUUUCAAAUACUGAAGGGGAAUUAUAUUGUCUGUCGAUUCGUAGCCCUAACCUCAAAUGGAUCCAGGAUUUUAGUUCUCUCGACAAAAGUUUCACCAUCACCCCUGGAAACAAUGGUCGUUUGUAUGUCACUGUACCAGCUAAGGCCCUUUUGCUGGCACUAGAUGCUUCUUCCGGUACUGUUUUAUGGCAGAGAAGUAUCGGCCCCUUGAGUACAGCAGAAUGCACUCCAGUUGUUGAUUCUAAUGGUUGGGUAUCCAUUGGCUCACUAGAUGGGUUCCUAUACUCAUUUUCACCGACUGGGAUGCUUAGGAAGUUUUCAAAAGAACAUACACUGCAUUUUGUUGUUCAAGUUGGUCCACUGCUUGACUGUUCUGGCUAUGCAGUUUAUCUUUCUCAGACAGAAAUGGAGGGAAAGAUCAGCCGCACAAUUGAUGAAUACACUUACGUCUCAGCAAUGCGACCGAAAACUGUAAUCUUCACUCUGUUGGUUCCAGCAAUUGGGACCAUCUAUUGGUCUGAAAGCUCUCCUGGUCAGUUCUCGUCCUUAUUAUCUGAGAGUGAUUUGCGCCAAUUUGUACUGGAUGAGGGGAUCCUUCUUGCUUUCUUUGCUGCCUCAAAGAUCCGCAGCCCACUGCAAUGUCGCAGCAAAUAUCAAAAGCUUGCAUCCAGCUGCUCGCAAGCAAGUCCCAAUCAUAUCGUCAUCUACACAGGUAAUGAAAGAGCAAUAAUAUGGCUUCUGCUAUUUGAAUCUGCUGUACUCGUCAUUCUAGCUGGGAUUGUACGAUUCUGUUGUGUAUUUUGGAGGAAAAAGAAGCUUCAAGGUCAAAACCUUGGAAGUUUCCUAGAAAAACGACGUUCCCUCCAGCUAAAAAAGAAAGUCUUCGACAGGACAAUUACAGAGCUUAAGCAGAAAGCAGCAAAGGAGGUAGUGGCCAAUGAAGUUGCUGAAAAGUUGGGGGAGAUGGUACUAGAAAGGGAAGGCAUAGAGAGGAAGCUCUCAACAACAUACAGUCUGGGCAGGGAUAGGGCUGGAUCUCUCUCAAAAUCUCUGCUUCCACUAUAUGAUGGGAAAGCAAGGAGCUACUCUUUUCAAGGUGUAAUGAAAGAGAGCGUGACAGUAUUCCACACACUUAGUGACACUACUUCUGGAGAAAGCAGCAGCGAGAAAGAGACUGACUCGGAAUUUCAUGAUGAGGAAUCAACAGCAAAGGCAAAGGCACCCAUGGAAGCAGAAAGCUCAAGCGAUGAAGGGAGCUUUGGAAGAGACUACAGGAGAAGUCCAUUAGAGAUCAACGCAUCAAGUUCAAGAGGCUUACCGAUCCAUUUCCAAACAAUGGAGCAAGAAGCAGGGGAAGUGAAGAUCAUGCAUGAUGAGGAGGAAAUUGAAUCCACCCGAUCAAGUGGUAGCAAAUUAAGGUUAACGAGAAGGAAGGCCUUGUCUCCAACGAAUUAGAGAGGGAGAAUUGAUC